AUGGACGAAUUUUACCGGCCUAUCUCACUUGAGCGUAGUCGUCUCUAUAGGUCUUUCCCCGCUGCACAGGGGAAUUACGAAGGACGCCAGGAAAGUCCAAUUAGACUGCCACAGACGGAAGGUACGCAGAGCGAUCACAUUAUCUUCAUCGUUCACCUUGUGACUUUUGCACACGACUUCCUUGAUUUAUCAGCAGAUCUUCCUUUUCGCGACAUUAUAUUCUUCAAUCCAAAAAAAUCACCUCCUUGUCGUGAAGAUGCCUGUAUCGGCGCACGAGCAAGCCGCAGCAGGAAAGAGGCAUGGUGGGGUCCACGAAGACCUCCCCGCAGAGCUCCUAAGAGACCCUCGGUAGUUCUAGAAGUCACAUCGUCAGAGACUCCUGACAAACUUCGCCGCGAUGCCCACUACUGGGUAGAUCCAGCAAAAGGCCAGGCCAACAUGGCUUUCACAGUCUCAGCAUAG